UCAUCCCUCAGGAUAAUAGAAUCAGAGGUUACCGCAGAGAUUGCAGGGUUCGUGGGCUACCCGCAGUUCCUGUUGUGCCUGAAGCUGUCUUGGAUCAAGGCACCGCGCGGUACUCCAGAGACUCAUCUAUUGACCAUCGAGCGCAGAGUUUAUAUAGUCCACGAUCAUAUGGUCCAUUCUUUUGCUCGUCGACCAUUCCUCGGUGUGCUAAGAACAUGAACAUUUGGCUGGCUCAUGGAUUGCUGGGCUGCGCAGCACUACUACUCGUUUUCCCUUUGGGAAUUGUAUCGCUAUGGUUCAAGAAAAGUCGCUGGUCGAUUCUACACUGGAAGAUACAAGCAUGUGGUACGAUGCUUCUGGCACUCACCACAGGCGUGGGUCUGCUCAAUAGCAGUCGGUUGCACCACAAGCAUCAGUCGCUAGGACUGGUCGUGUUCGGCAUGGUGCUAAUUCAGAUGCCACUUGGAUUCGUCGAUGCGUUGGACAACACCCGCGGCUACAGGGCAAGCGUCUCAUUCACUCACUCCAUCCUCGGAUUCUCGACUCUAGUGCUGGGCUGGCUCGUGAUCCUGAGCGGCUUUCGUCUGGCAUCGCUUGCGUCGGGCCCAUUCGUUUUUGUCGGUUUGUUGUCGGCAACGGAAAUCUCAGCACUCAUCACUGGCUCUUUCCUGGUACAAUGGCGUAGACGAAUCGUAGCAAAAUCAGCACCUAAGGCGAGCGAAGUCGAACAACUCGCUACGGACGAUUACACGCUUGCCGAGCAUAACCUCUAAGACGAGUACAACUACAAGGACAACUAAGCUGCUGGGCUGUAACAGGACAAACCUCAGGGCAAUUAUCAAGAAGUAUAGUGCGAGGUCUAGUUUGAACGUAGCGAGUUUGUUAGAAUGUCGGUGUUCUAGACUGAGACAGGGUAUGUCACAUAAUCAGUGCGGUAGGUAGAAAAUGGACUUUAUGAGGUCGCAUACGGGAUGGAUGCGAGCUCCUUUGACGACGACAUUGAGACGUGCAUAGGAGACUCUUGAUAUUACAAGAUUCCCGAUAGCAGUCAUCUGAAACCUCGUCGUGUCAGGAUACGCUGGGCAUGUCAAGCCCCGUUGACGGGUUUGCGGUUGCGUUGUUACCGUGUCUGUGCACCCAACGAUCGGCAUCAACUAACGAUCAGGGCACAACAUUUGCAGUAGAUUUCUACGCGUGAUACCACAACAACCAAGCCAGAAAUUCAAGAUGUGCUUGAGGAAAUUCGCAGAUUAAAGCCAGGCG